GCCAAAGGGAGGCACUGAACCGCGCCCAACGUAAAUUCGGGCUCGAUCUCGGAAAAAUUGAGUAUAUGGUGUAUCAACCUUUCGACUCCUGUCAACAGUCGUCUGAGGUCGUAAUUUUGCCUUUGCUCGUAUAUUUUGGUGGCGCUGACAUAAGGAAAUAAGAAAACAUGCUUGUAGGCUACGAGCCCUGUAGCCAGGUGGGGCACAUUCAGAAUUGAAGUGUGGCGUUUUAAAUUUUGGUAAAUGUGCCGGGUCCAGCUAACCAUGGAAAAGCCUUUUGUAAAAUAUGCAACGCCUAUGCCCAUAAUCCAGCUUGUGAAACAAUUAGGAAAAAAAAAUGAGAAGGUUAAUUCAAUAUGCGCGUGCACGUGAUUUAAAAUCACAUUUGAACCCAAAAUGACCUAGCGACGUUCAACAACCAACAUGGCCGCCAACGGACCGUCAAUAGCUUGGAUUCGGUAUUUUUAAUGUAGAAAAUGGUGCAACGUAUAUAUUAGUGGAUGAAAUGUAAAAACAUGUGCAAAAUGUGCUGGGUUAAUUAAAAAUGUUGUUUAUCCAUCCGUAUUAGAAGAUCUCUUAUAAGAUUGCAAAAUAUUCUUUAAAUGUAGACGAAAGCACAAACAUAACCAACAAAUUUUUGUUUAUUCAUAAAGUGUACCCACAAGUGUAACAUAGAAACCUUUUUUCUAGGCUUAAUAGAAGUCGUCGCAUUGUUGGCACAUCUACAUUUAAACUAACGCAAAAAAAAAUGGAAAAAUCCAGCAACACUGGAAAUAGCCGAAUGAUCCUGGAAAUAAUGGCUAAAGUAAAAAAGAAGAAGUAAAAAAGAAUUGUUUGUUUUCAGCUUGGCGGAACCUAAACAUAUUUACAAAUAUUUUGUGAGGUGUAAUGGCAAAUCGAACCGUAAAAGAUGCACGCUCGGUUCACGGUACUAAUCCGCAAUACCUCGUUGAGAAAAUUAUCCGUUCUAGGAUAUACGAUUCCAAGUACUGGAAGGAGGAAUGUUUCGCACUUACCGCUGAACUUCUCGUCGACAAGGCAAUGGAGUUGAGAUUUAUCGGCGGGAUUUUCGGUGGCAAUAUUAAACCAACUCCCUUUCUGUGCCUAACUCUUAAAAUGCUCCAAAUUCAGCCCGAGAAGGAUAUCGUCGUUGAAUUCAUCAAAAAUGAAGAAUUCAAGUAUGUCAGAGCUCUGGGUGCGUUUUACAUGCGACUAACCGGGUCGUCUCUGGACUGCUAUAAAUAUUUGGAACCUUUAUAUAACGAUAACAGAAAACUGAGGAGGCAAAAUAGGCAGGCCCAGUUUGAGCUUAUACACAUGGACGAAUUUAUUGACGAACUACUUAGGGACGAGAGAGUCUGCGAUGUGAUCUUGCCGAGAAUCCAAAAGAGACACGUCCUCGAAGAAAAUAACGAGCUGGAAGCAAAAAUAUCUGCACUCGAAGAUGACUUAGAUGAAGAUGUAGAGUUCGAGGAGGAAAGUAAAUACCAAUUAGAAGAACCUCCCAAGGAAAAAGAGAAGAAAGAACGUAAAAGAGAGAGGAGUCGUUCUAGAGAAAGACGAAGAAGUCGUAGUAAAGAUAAGCAUAAAGAGAAAGGCAGGGAUAGAGAGAAAGACAGGGAUCGGGAUAAAGAUAGGGAUCGGGAGAAGGAAAGGGAUAGACGAGAUAGGGAAAAGGACAGGGAGAAAAAGGAUCGAAAAAAGAAGGACGAAGAAAGAAAACGCAGAUGAACUUUUCAUUGUUUAUAUUAAGUGGAGAU